CUGCCCUUUUGGAGAUGAUGAGAAACCUUUGAAUUGUUGUAGUUCAUGUGGAAAUCAGGUCUACUCCAAGGUGGGGGGAAACAUGGCUGCAAAGGAGAAACUGGAGGCAGUGUUAAAUGUGGCCCUGAGGGUGCCCAGCAUCAUGCUCCUGGAUGUCCUGUACAGAUGGGAUGUCAGCUCCUUUUUCCAGCAGAUCCAAAGAAGUAGCCUCAGCAACAACCCUCUUUUCCAGUAUAAGUAUUUGGCUCUUAAUAUGCACUAUGUAGGUUAUAUCUUAAGUGUUGUGCUACUAACCUUGCCCAGGCAGCACCUGGUUCAGCUUUACCUAUAUUUUUUGACUGCCUUGCUCCUCUAUGCUGGACAUCAAAUCUCCAGGGACUAUGUUAGAAGUGAACUGGAGUCUGCCUAUGAAGGACCAAUGUAUUUAGAACCUCUCUCCAUGAAUCGAUUUACAACAGCCUUAAUAGGUCAGCUGGUGGUGUGUACUCUGUGCUCGUGUGUCAUGAAGACGAAACAGAUCUGGCUCUUCUCCGCUCACAUGCUCCCUCUGCUAGCUCGCCUCUGCCUUGUUCCUCUGGAGACCAUCGUCAUCAUCAACAAAUUUGCAAUGAUCUUUACUGCACUGGAAGUUCUAUAUUUUCUUGGGUCAAAUCUUUUAGUACCUUAUAAUCUUGCUAAGUCUGCAUAUAGAGAAUUGGUUCAGGUAGUGGAGGUGUAUGGCCUGCUAGCCUUAGGAAUGUCCCUGUGGAAUCAGCUGGUAGUUCCUGUGCUGUUUAUGGUGUUCUGGCUGGUCCUAUUUGCGCUCCAGAUCUACUCCUAUUUCAGUACUCGAGACCAACCCGCAUCACGUGAGAGGCUCCUUUUCCUUUUCCUCACAAGCAUUGCUGAGUGCUGCAGCACCCCUUACUCGCUCCUCGGCUUGGUUUUCACCGUUUCUUUUGUGGCGCUGGGCGUGCUGACGCUGUGCAAGUUUUACUUGCAGGGUUAUCGGGCUUUCAUGAACGAUCCUGCCAUGAACAGGGGCAUGACGGAAGGAGUCACACUCUUAAUCCUGGCAGUGCAGACUGGUCUGAUAGAGCUACAGGUUGUUCAUCGGGCCUUCCUCCUCAGUAUUAUCCUCUUCAUCGUGGUAGCCUCGAUCCUGCAGUCCAUGCUAGAGAUUGCUGAUCCUAUUGUCCUUGCCCUGGGAGCAUCUAGAGACAAGAGUUUGUGGAAACACUUCCGUGCUGUGAGCCUGUGUUUGUUUUUGCUGGUUUUCCCUGCUUACAUGGCUUAUAUGAUUUGCCAGUUUUUCCACAUGGAUUUUUGGCUUCUUAUCAUUAUCUCCAGCAGCAUCCUUACUUCUCUUCAGGUUCUGGGAACACUUUUUAUUUAUGUCUUAUUUAUGGUUGAGGAGUUCAGGAAAGAGCCUGUGGAGAACAUGGAUGAUGUCAUCUACUAUGUGAAUGGCACUUACCGCCUGCUGGAGUUCCUGGUGGCCCUGUGUGUGGUGGCCUAUGGCGUCUCGGAGACCAUCUUUGGAGAGUGGACAGUGAUGGGCUCUAUGAUCAUCUUCAUCCAUUCCUACUAUAAUGUGUGGCUUCGGGCCCAACUGGGCUGGAAGAGCUUUCUUCUCCGCAGAGAUGCCGUGAAUAAGAUCAAAUCAUUGCCUGUUGCUACAAAAGAGCAGCUUGAGAAACACAAUGAUAUCUGUGCCAUCUGUUACCAGGACAUGAAAUCUGCUGUGAUCACACCCUGCAGUCAUUUCUUCCAUGCAGGUUGUCUCAAGAAAUGGCUGUAUGUCCAGGAGACCUGUCCCCUGUGCCACUGCCACCUGAAGAACUCCUCCCAGCUCCCAGGACUAGCCUCUGAACCCAUUGUUGCUGCUGUUGCCGCUGCUGCCGGCGCCGAGCAAAAUGGGCAUCAGGAAGGUGAAGGUACUGAACCCCCAGGGCAGGAGCAGCCUACAGAGGCCUGUGUCCACGAGGGGCCUAGUGACAAUAACAAGUGCAUUGCCAGAAGAACAGAUAGCCAGGAAGAGACUUUGAAUCCUGAGGAAUGUCCGCUCAGGGCAAAAGACGGAACAGGUCCUAUUGGAGCCAGCCCAGAAGAAAAGAAGCAGGAAUGAUGCUGACAUGUUGUGGAGGAGAACCUAACUUGAGAUGGGAUUUGUGCUCAGCUGUAAGGAACACAUGAGGCCAUCAGGCGGGAGACUGACAUUCCAAGGAUCUGACCCAGAAUAUGCUCGCUAAGUGGAGGCCACCUGCUUCAUCCCCCUGGACCCUGGAAGAAAUGUUGCAAUGUGUGCUAAUCAAAAUGUAUUUUCUUCUUCUAUGCUGGUGUUUUGUAGAGGUUUGCCAAGGAAAUUCAUCCUCAAUAACUUCAGAUACUGCCCCGGUGUGCAAGGAAUCCAUGAGAUUGGAGUGUGUGCAAGGGGCCCAGGACAGGCAGGCGGCAGCAGCGGGGUGGCGCGGGAGAAGGCAGCAGGCAGAAGCGGAGCGGACCUUCCGUUCUGGGCAGGACAGGAGCCCUUUUCUCCACCCCACCCCUCACUUGAAUUGGGGGCUCGGUCAGGCGAUUUUGAGAUUUGUACAGCACUUGAAAUGAAAUCAAAGAUGUAAAGGCGCUGAUUGUAUUCAAAGAUUGGAGCACGCUCAUAGUCCCGACGUGCUUUACGGCUGGGGCGGGCGGACCCUAGCCUUGCGGGUACGUUCAUGUAAUCUGAGGCUCUGGAACUCGAUGAUGGAGCCUUCAAUAUUUCAGUGUAGAUGAGACUUUUGUUAAUAGGCUACACUGUGUUGGCUGUGUGAAGUAAACUAAAGCUCUGGUGAACACUUUGGAGCCUGCACGAACUCAGGCAGACUGAAGUGGGAAGGGCUUUAGGGCACUGAUAAAGGCCCCAGUGUACUUUUCAAUCCUGUGUGAUGCUUAAUUCUUGCAACUGGAUCAAAACAGUGUUAAACUCUGGCAAUAUUUGCACUUUGGGAAUGAGUACAUACCUGUAUGAUCACACUCUGCAAAUGCCACUUUUGAAGCUGUUAAUAGACUUUGCACCUUUUCUUUGACAAGGAUAUGUCCUAUUUAAAUUUUUACAUUCAUCAUGGCUACAGGUAGAAUCGGGGAGGGGGGCAAUGUAAUUUUUUAUGGGGAUUUUGAUAUGAAAAGAAACUAGUCAUUUAUUUAUACAAUAGGCUUGACUCAAAAAGUGUUUUUCAGACUUGGUAUUCCUAAUGUGGGAUGUGACUUUAUUUUCUUUUUAGUAGUAAAUUUGGAUGUAGACUGACAGACAUAGUUGAAUGUCUUAAUAAAUUUAAAUUUGAAGAUA